AUGUUUGAACUCUAUUCUGAAAUGAAUGAACCGUCUGCUUUCAGCAAAAUUUUAUGAAAGAGUCAAAAGCAGAAAACAAUUAAACAGUCAAUUUUCGAAUUUUACUGCCAACUUUAUCACAAUAAUUCUAGUGACGAAAGCUCAAUUCCUAGACAAAAAAUUGGAAAAGCUCUAGAAGAUUUAUUAUGAUGUUUUCAAAUGACAAGUUUACUAUGAAUUCCAAAUCUUCUAAUUAAGGACUGAGAUGAAAAUAUGGCACUAUGGGAAAUUAUUGGAUACUUGAGGCUUGACAAUAUAUGCUCAGAGCUAGGAAUUAUUGAUGUGUGCUUAUACUUAUCAAUUAUUGCUAAUUUUACAAUAUUUUUCAGUAUUAUGGCUUCAGUUUUGAUUAUCUAUCGCUCUUUAAAUUUACCGGGAUUAUUAUUUAUACUAUUUAAAUGAAUAUUCAGUUUCUGAUCGAAUUUGAUUUUUAUACCAUCUAUGGUAUUGUGUUCCAUCUUUUUGAAGUAUAGCUUUAGUUCUUCAGGGAAAGUAUCUGAAUAUCAGAACGAUAAUGAGCCCUCAGACUUUGAGGUAAACGCCAUGCUACAAAUUUUUAUAAUUUUUUCAAUGAUCAUAACUUUUCCUUUGAUUUUAUUUCAUACUGAAUUUUCAGGUGAAAUAAAUCAUGCUUUAAGCACAAAAAUAUUAAAUUCAAAGGCUCACUCGAAAAUUGAUGUGCAUAUAGCAAUGCUAUCAUACUUUUCUCCAAUAUUUUAUGUAUUAUUGGACGAAGAUUAUAUUAUUUAUUAUCAGUGUGCUUUAUUGAUGAUUUCAAUAAUUUUGACAAUAGAAACUAUAGUAUUUUUACCGUAUUUUUCGACAUAUUGCAAUUUAGCGCUAGCUAUUAAGCUUUUUGCUAUUUCUGUAGUAUCCUUUGGAUUUAUUUUUGGGUAUUGGAUGGAUAAUUCGAUAUUAAUUAUUUUGAUAGUCACUAUUUUAGGACCUGUAGCAACUGUCUUCAUUUAUCAGUUUACUUUAAAAUGUCAAAAAGGCUUCAUUAUAAAUCUUCCAAAAGGUUUAGACGGAAUAAAUUGUGUAUAUAAACUAGAAAAAUGUCUUAGGAAAUCGCUACUCUUAUCCCUCCUCUCAGUGAUCGAACAAAAAAAUUUUUGUUUGCUCACGAAGGGGGUUAAUAUUUUUUUUUGAAAAAUUUAUAGUAAAAAUGAAUUAAUUUAUAUUUUAAAAUACAAGCUGUUUAAAUUCAACAGGAUUAGCUAGAGAUUUCAUUAUAAUAAUUAUUGAUUAUAUAUCGAAAUAUUAUUUUCAUAAACAUUUUAUAUUAAAAUUUUUUGAUCACGGAGGGGGUUAUUAGGGAUUUUUCCAAUGGUUUUGUCCGCUCACAAAGGGUGAGUUAGAAGAUUCUGAAAAUAAAGACCAAAUAAUUUACCUCUUCGAAAUUUUCUUUAUAGAAAAGUAUUUGUACCACGAAAAGUUCCAAAUUCUAUGGGUUACAAACUAUUGCUUAUUUACACUUCAAGACGAAUCUUUAUCAAAAAUUAAACUAAACAGAACAAAAAAUAUUCCAGGAAAUUUAGAAUCUGAUUUUCAAGAAUAUUUGUGUCAUAAAAAUAUUGAAUCUCUAAGGAGUGAAAGCACAAAGUAUAUCGACUACUUUCAGCAAUUAAAUAUUAUAAAAAAGAAAGAUUUAAAAUUAUGUGUCAAUUUAUUGAAAUUCUGAGAAGAAUUAAUUACACCAAGGCCUGACAUUAAAAAGCUGUCAAAAAAACUCUUGUGGAUAGAAGAAAAAUUACUAUUUUUGAAUAAUAAAUAUAGCCAAUUAACAGGAAAAUAUUUUGAUUCUAAAGAAUCUUUAGACCUUUAUGCUUCAUAUGCGAAGGAUAUUCUUUUCGAUUUAGAAAAAUCAAAUUUAUUAAAAAACAAGUCACGGUCAUUUGGUAAAAGUACCAUCAACUCCUAUUCACGAAAUUUUGAAUUUUUUAAUGAUAUCAAUGGAAUUUUUAUAAUUUCAUGUGAAAAAGAAAGCUUUGGUGAAAUUAUUUUUUCAAACCCAAAAUCUUGUGAAAUUAUGAAGUGCCAUACUUAUAGUAUUAAUGGAGCUAGUAUAAGAAAAUUUAUCCCUGCUUACUACUGUGAAAAAAUAUAUGAAGAGAUCCGUAGGACUAUUCAUUUUGCCUCCUGUUCAGAAAUAGACUUAAAUGAACGAUUCUUUUUAAUCCUGCCCUCCCAUUUUCUAAUAGAAUGCUCUGGAAAAAUUUUAAUAACCUCUCACCAUAAUUCUCUUAUUUCUAUUUUAAUUUUCAAACCCAAAAUAGCUAGACAUCAAGUCGCAUUAAUUUCAGAAACAGGCGAAAUUUGCAGUUACUCAGAAAAUUUUGCUAAAUUCCUUAAAAAUGAUAGCACCACUUUAGUUGGGUAUAACCUUAAAAAUUUAUUUCCUGAAAUACCAGAUUUUGCCUGACAAUGAUUUGCCCCUUAUAGACUGUCAGAUUUCGAAACUGAAACUAUUUUGGUUUUAUGUUAUUAUCACGUCAAUAAAAUGAAAGUUUUUUAUGCUGUAAUAACAAAUGACUGUGACGAAAUCCAAAGAUGAAAAAAUAAAAAAACGCCAAAUGAGGAUGAGAAAUUUUAUUUGGCGAGCCAAUUAUCAUCAAAAGCUGCAAGCACUGAACGCAAUAGUAUCAUAAAUAAAGAAGAUUCAGAAAUUAAAGAAAUUUAUGUUCAUUCAGAAAUGAAUUUAAAUAAAUCAAGUGAAUCUGUAGAAGCAACUGAAGAAAAAUCCCAAAUUUCGGAAUUUACUUAUCAUAGGACAUUUAUUCAUCAAAUAACCUCGUCUUCAAGAUCUAUUAAUAUUUUACAUUUAGCGAUUUCUUUAGCGGUAUUUUUUAUAUAGAUUAUAGCAGUUUUAGGCACAAAUAUUGCAGUGCUAUUUUACGCCUUCACCAAUAUUAAUUUUAUUAGAAAUAUGGAUCUUCCUUUGACGCUUGGAAGAUUAGGCAAAAAAUUGCAAAAUGUAGCCUACACCCCUCAUUUACUUUGGGCACUUACCCCAGGAGCAAGCUCUGAUACUCAGCAGGUGCUAAAGGUAGUAUGAAAUAAAAUUAUCACUUAUAAUGCUGAUUUAAAAGAAUUGUAUCUUAAUAUUACUUCUCAUUUAGAAGAGUGAAAUUAUUGUUCAGGAAGAGAAAUUUUUAUGGAUAAAAAUAUAAGGUUAUGGAAUUCUAAUAACCUCCCUCCGUGAGAAAACAAAAAAAAAUCUGGUUAAUUUUUUUUAAAUAAAUUUAUAUAAAUUUUAUAUCCCAAUUCGCAAAAAUUGGAAAGCAAAUAUUUAUUUAAUUUUUAAAAUGCAAGCUGUUUAAAUUAAACAGAAUUAGCAAACAUAUACUAAUUAUCAUUUAAUAAAGUUUUUUUUUUAAAAAAAAAAAUUUAUUAAAAAAUAUUUUUGUCUCUCGCAGAAUUUUUCUAAUGGUUUUUAUUUUUUUGUAUGGAAGGGGGAAUAAGAAAAUAAAUUUAUUGGAUAUGAUAUCAGAAUUUGUCCAAACCGUAAGAGAUAUUCAGGGAAAUGAGUUUGUGAAAAAAUAUAAUAACUCAGAAGAUUAUAAUGAUGGAGCUUCUUUUUUAAUAGCUAAUGGUUAUGGAGAAGCAUUUGAGUACUGCAAUAGUUCUUUAUAUGAAGUUUUGGAUUGCCAAAAAGUUAUUAUGUCUAAUUUUAAAUCAGAAAUGUUUAUUUUUCUUAUUUUGGGAAUUGGUGCUCUUGCUUUAUGUUUUUGCUUUAUGAUGCCGUUUUGGUAUUCUACUGUGAAAAUUGAAAGCGAACUUUGAAAUAAUUUAAGAAAAAAAGCAUAUGAGCAUUAUUUUGAGUUAAAGGAGUCUUUAUUGGAGAGACUAAAAUGCAUUCACUCUCUGCCUGAAAUAUUACUUACAUCAGAUUUUAUAUUUUUUGGCUAUUAAUAUUUCAGAUAAUUCCUUUUUAUAUUAUAAAAAAAUUAAUAAAUCAAUAAUAUAUUUUAAAGCAAAAAUAGUCUAAAUUUAUUUAUUGCUGAAAUUAUAAAUAUAAAUUUAAGUUAUAUGUUAGUAACGAAAAUCCAUCAAAAAAACAUUUCAAUUUUAGAAAUUAUUGAAAAUUUAUAUGAAGGCUUAUCUUAUACCUUUUAAAAAUCCAGCACCAUUCAAUAAAUCUAUUUUACAGUAUUUCUCUUAUAUAAAAUAAGUAUAUAUUUUAUAAUAGUCUCAAUGUUUUCUAUCGUAAAUAUCACCUACCUCUAUGAAAAAUGCACAAAUUAUUUAUCUUAUAGACCAGAAAUAUUAAAAGAAAUUAUACGUGGUCAAAUUUUACAAAAUUCUAUAGCAAUAUGAGCGACAAAUUCUCAAUUUGAGCAUUGGGGGAUUCCGUUGACAAAUAUUCUGCCUACUAAUUACCCUUUAAUGAAUAGUUUAUCUGCAUUCCAGCAUGAUCUUGCAAAGCUGGAGCGUUCAAAAUUGGUUUUAAGAGAUCCCAAAUAUUUACCUAUUUUAUCAGAAAAUUUUAAAAAAAGCUUCUUUGAAUCUGAAAACGAAUCAGAUCAUUAUUAUUUUGAUUAUGGGGCAUAUGCUGCUGAAGAUAUCAUAAAAUUUGAUAGUUAUUGAAUUACUUAUUCAAAUAACCUUCCCGAUUUCUGAUUAAUUUGAGCUUUAAACAUUGAAGUUUUGACUAUUAAUUAUGGUGAUCUGGCUGAUGGGAUUGAUGGCUAUUCUCAAGGUGUGAUUGACGAUCAAGUCACAGUUAUAGAGGCAGCUUUUGCUGUUUUUACUAUAAGUUCAGUAUUCAUAUAUUUUUCAUUAUAUUUCAUAUUUUUUAGGAAAGAAAAACAAUACUUGCAGAAGAUCAAUUCAAUGAUGAAAAUUAUUCCAUGAUAG